CACAAAACUCAAAACAAGCUUGUCCUUAAUUUCCACUCUUUCAUCAAAUGAAAUAUAAGAAAAAAUGGCCCCAAACGAUCAAUGUAAUGUGGCAGUGAUUGAUCUCGAAGACUUUCCAGGGCAGUCAAGGAAGAUGAUAGAGGCAUGUGAGGAAUUAGGUUGUUUCAGGAUCACAAACCACCAUCAAUUCCUCCCUCCGGCACUGUCGGCGGAGAUGAAGGCGGUGGUUCGGUCACUCUUCGACCUUCCGGUCGAAAUCAAGCGGCUGAACACCGACGUCAUCCCCGGCAGUGGGUACAUGGCACCUAGCCAAAUAAAUCCUCAUUAUGAGGCCUUUGGGCUUUAUGAUAUAGCCUCUCAUGUAGCUGUUAAUGCCUUUUGUUCUCCCUUAGAUGCCUCUCCUCGCCAAAGAGAAACUAUACAGAUGUAUGCUGAAGCAAUACACAAUCUAGCAAUGGAUAUUGCUUGCAAGCUAGCUGAAGGUAUGGGGUUAACUAGCUUUUCGUUUCAGGGAUGGCCUUGUCAAUUUAGGAUGAACAAAUAUAACUUCACCCCCGAGACUGUAGACUCUUCCGGUGUGCAAAUACAUACUGAUUCAGGGUUUCUCACUAUACUUCAAGAGGAUGAAAAUGUUGGCGGUCUUGAAGUCAUGGACAAGUCCAGCAAAUUUGUUGCAGUGGAGCCUUUGCCGGGAACUCUCCUUGUCAAUCUCGGAGACAUUGCUAAGGUAUGGAGUAAUGGAAAAUUAUGCAAUGUGAAGCAUAGAGUAGUAUGCAAGGAAGCAAGAACAAGAAUGUCGAUUGCUUCAUUUCUGUUGGGCCCAAAGGAGGCAAAAGUGGAAGCUCCCGUUCAAUUAGUGGAUUCAUCACACUCGCGCCUAGACAAGACUUGAACCUCAACGACCCGCUUUCCUUGUGUUGGGCGGCAUGUGUUUUAUGCGUUUAGAUUUUUCUCAAAUUAGAGGGCCCUUUUCUCUGGUUCAUGCAUGUGCCAGAGAUCCUUGUCUUUUUAUUUUUAUUUUGAUUAAUGAUUUAUCAAUACAACUUUUUCUCUCAACCUCCCAAUGUGAUUCUUAUUGGUAAGUCUGGUUUCUUAUCAGUUAGAGUCUCAUUCAAGAGAAUUUGAGAGAAAAAAAUUGUGUGAACGAAUCAUUGUUGUUUUAUUUCUUAAAUUUAAUUUUUUAUUUUUUAUAAUCGGAUAUCGUGAUAAAUUUUUAUUGUUCCAAGACUCAUGCAAAAUGUUCUUCCACAUAA